AUGGCUAGCCAAGAAGAGGGGAUCAAGUUGUUUGGAAAGACCAUCGCCGUGCCGGCGGAGGAUCACGAUGACGGCGGCAGCGACGGCGACGGCGAUUCGCCGAGCUUGGACAAGAAGCCAGACAAGAUAAUCCCGUGCCCUAGGUGCAAGAGCCUCGAGACCAAAUUCUGCUACUUCAACAACUACAAUGUCAACCAGCCCCGCCACUUCUGCAAAGGCUGCCAGCGCUACUGGACAGCCGGCGGGGCCCUCCGCAACGUUCCCGUCGGCGCCGGGCGCCGCAAGAACAAGCCCCCCGGCGCCCGGAUCAGUCCUCCCGCCGGCGGGGUUCAUCAUCCGUUUCAGGCGGUGGUGGAGGAGUGGCAAUUGGCGGCGGCGGCUGGUGGGUUUCGGGAUGUUUUCCCGAUCAAGCGGCGGCGGUGCGGCUCAGGUGGUCAACCGUGUGUAAAUUAG